UCUUUAGUAUUUGACGUUGGUCGUUGAAUGAAUUGACACUGACUUCGUUGCUUUUGGUUGGAUUGCAACUGCUAUCGGAGCGGGAAUGUAGAAAUCUCAGUUGCUGAUAAAAGUGAUUGUAUUUGAUUAAUUCGCGGCCUUGUAUAUAAAUUUCCCCGAUCACAAUGCCGCCAAGUAGUCUACGAGUAGUGUACGCGUUCGCAAGAGAAAUGCACCCAAAAACCAGUGAUGUGUUCAUACAAUACGGGACUGCCGGAUUUCGUACCAAAGCCAGUUUACUGGAACAUGUAGUUUACCGCAUGGGUUUACUCGCUGUAAUUCGAUCGCGUGUAAAGAAUGGCCGCACAAUUGGCAUCAUGAUCACCGCAUCGCACAACUUGGAGCCCGACAAUGGAGUGAAAUUGGUAGACCCUGAAGGGGAGAUGCUGGAGCAAAGCUGGGAGGAGAUAGCUACAAGGCUUGCUAAUGUCAGUGACAAUGAUUUGGAAUCAACAACAGGGCAGAUAAUCAAACAGGUCAAUGCAGACAUGUCUCUGAAGGCCAGUGUUUUCAUUGGAAUGGACACCAGGUACACGAGUCCUCGGCUGGCGGCGGCGGCUGCUAAUGGAGUUAUAGCUUUGAAGGGAACGCCUAAGGAGUUAGGCAUUGUAUCCACACCAAUGUUGCAUUAUUGCGUGAGGUGCCGUAAUGAUAACAAGUAUGGCACGCCGACUGAGGAAGGUUACUAUGAAAAGAUAGUGGGUGCUUUUAAGAACAUUCGCCAGAAACUACCAGUGUUUGGUGAAUAUAAUACGACGCUGUACGUGGAUGGCGCUAACGGGGUCGGAGGCAAGAAGCUGAACAUCAUCAGGAAGAGUUUAGACGGGGAACUGGACCUUAACUUGUACAAUUUGGGUGGUAAUGGCGGCAAGCUAAACUUAAACUGCGGUGCCGACUUCGUGAAGGUGUCACAAACGCCGCCGGUGGGAGUCGAACACGUGCCUUUCCAACGGGUCGCCUCACUGGACGGGGACGGUGACCGUAUCGUCUACUAUUUCCUUGACGACAAGGAAAAAAUGCAUUUAUUAGACGGUGACCGUAUCGCUACUCUGUACGCUAGUUACAUUACUGAGCUGCUGAAUGCGUGCGAAGCUCGCGAUCUCAAGUUGGGAUUGGUGCAGACCGCUUAUGCCAAUGGUGGUUCCACUAAAUACAUUACUGAGGAAUUGAAAGUGCCAGUGACGUGUGUCAAAACAGGCGUGAAACAUUUACACCACGCAGCUCUCGCGUACGACGUCGGUGUUUACUUCGAGGCGAAUGGACACGGCACAGUUCUCUACAGCCAAAAUGCUAAGAGUACAAUCAGGAAAAUAGCUCUUGAAGGAGAGCCUGAACAACGCAAAGCUGCAGAACUAUUGUUGAAUAUAAUUGACGUAACAAACGAGACAGUUGGCGAUGCAAUUUCGGAUCUAUUCCUGGUGGAGACAAUCCUUUGUGCUCGAGGCGAAAACGUUCGUCAGUGGCUCGCUGCAUACACAGAUUUGCCUUGUCGUCAACUUAAAGUUACUGUACAGGAUCGCAACGUCAUAUCAACAAAGGACGCUGAACGUCGCUGCACGGCGCCAGAAGGUUUGCAGUUGAAGAUCGACGAGUUGGUGGGGAAAUAUACGAACGGACGAGCCUUUGUACGGCCGUCAGGUACCGAGGAUAUUGUUCGGGUGUACGCCGAAUCUGAUACUCAACAGGCGGCUGAUAAUCUAGCUGCAGAAGUAUCGCAAGCAGUGUUCGACUUGGCAGGCGGAGUGGGCGAACGGCCGGAGUUACCUGCAUAAAUGACACAAUUUUAAUAGUAACACUACAGUUCUAUAUUGUCUAAGCAGACGUCAGACAUAACUUUAAAUAUGCAAACGGCUACAAAGUCGCAAUGUGUGGCACACAGGUAUUUGAGCUUUAAUUACACAUUUACAAGAUUAAUUUCAUUUGCACAUUGCCUGUGGCGGGGUUUGAGCGCAUAUCAAAGUGAUAGAAAUUCAAAUGUGGUUAUAGCAUGUUGCAGUCGAUGCAUAACAUUUUAGUUGCGCAUGCUUUUUAUUGUAAGGGCUAAAUGUGUAGGAUACCCUAGACGUGCCAUUCUCGCUAUUACAAUUAUAAGUGUGACGUCGCUGUAGAUGUAAGUUUUGGAGCAAAAGGAAGCGCACAUGUUUGUAAAGCAUGAGAAGUAUACUUUUGUUUUCGCUAACGUGUGUUUGUUUGUUGAAAUUUCAUCACAUAUGUCAAACGUUUGAAGUUAUGUCUGGCGUGUAGAUAAUAAUGUGUUGUACCGCGCCUGAGGUGGCGAUGGAAUUAUACGGGGUAAAAAAUUACCAUAUCGAUAUCAUACGAUAGAUUUAAAUAUAGUAGACCUUAAUAUUUUAUUGGUUAAUAUACUUGCGUUGUUGUUAAGGUAAAAAUUUAGAAAUAUAUUCGUAAUAUCAUAAACAAUCUAUUCGGCCGCAAAAUAAAGACUGGUUACACGUUAUACAGUCAUAUUCACGUGACAGAUACAUUUUUCACCAUCUCAUCGUUUCAUGAUUGCCUAAGGCACGGUACAUCAUUAAAUACCACAAUAUAUAACUAUUCUUUGUAACGCAUAGAUGCGUUUGAGAUUCUAAUUAUUAUAUUGAACAGUACCAAAUUGUGAUGAUAAAGAAUUCUAGAAAAUUAUGACAAAAGUAAUUUUAGAUAGUAAUUUUAGGUUUACUACUCAAAUGGGCAGAACAAAUCUCAAGCAAAGCUUGGUCCUUAUAGUAUUCGAAACAAGAGGAGUGAUUCAUAGACUUUACCCCUCUGCUAAAAUAAAAUAAAAAACAUAUAAUUUUUAACUGAUGAAAGGUUCUGAUUAAAAAGUAAAUUGUUUCUGUCAUUAAUAAGUUUAAUCCAUACAACGUUUAACUAGUCUUAUAAUUUCAACUUUAAUUUAAUAUUAAUUAUAUAGUAAUUGAAUACAAAACUAGUUAUUUAGGCAAAUACAUAUAUUGCAAGUAACUAAUUAAACAAUUUUAGGUACAAAAGCGUCUCGCGCGACGUUCAUGUGAUACUAAAUUGUUUGGUGAAUGUUUAUAGCAUAAUGUUUAUAUUAAUAAAAGACUUUAUGUUCAAUUUAGUACCAAUAUAUAGUGGAAAAUACACUAAUAAUAUUAAUAAAAUAAUGGUAAUUCAUAUUUCUUGAAUGGAUGAUGAUUCUGUUCUACUUUGUACAUUUAGUAAAUAAUCAUAAUUUCGAUAACAAUACAUUGUUAUCGAUAUUAAUUAUAAACAAAUAAGAAUAAUAGAAUUGUGAAAAGUAAUAAUAACAUACAAAAUACAGAAGUCUUUUUAUCUAUUUGUUUUAUUUAUUAUUUUGAUGAAAAAGUCAAAUCAUGAU